GACAUACAUGCAGCAAGUUAACACUCACCCCCAGGCAGCCCCUGAAGCUGCCAGGUUCUGCUCUCCGCGACUAUGACCCACCGGUUAGAGAGCAGCCCACGGGCACACAGGCAGACCUGUCCUCGACAUCACAAGGGCACCACUUUUGGGGAGACUCACGGGCACACCGUCCGCGCACGCCUGAGGCUGGGAUCCCGCGCUGCCUCCCCGGUGAUCCUUCUGAGGUUUCUUCCUCCUGAGGCUUCUUCCUGCUGGUCGACCCUCCGCGAAUCCCGGCCUCCGGACACCAUCCUGUUAACGCCCUGGCCAGGACUGGUCUCAGCCCCGACUCCGAUGCACGAUCACAUAGGGCUCCUACUUCGCCCAGUCUCAGGGACCCACCCCCGGGCAACGGCGGCGGUCACUGUGACCAAAGCGGCGGCUCGGGCCUCGCGCAUGCGCAGUGGAGAGGCCGACUCGCCGCUUACUCCGGAGAGUCAGGCUGGGGACCCUUUCAAAAAUGGCGGCAACGCGGCAGGCUGCGGGGACAGGGCCCGCGGUGGCGGCGCUUGCGGCGGCGAAGGCGGCGCAGCCCGAGGCGGCGGGGGUGAAGAGGACUGCCAGAGGGGCCUGCGGGAGACCCAGGGUCGGACCCGUAGGAGUCCUGUUGUCAGGACCUCCUUGAUCGGUCUUCUGCUUCGGUUCCCGGUGGAGGAGGAGCUUCGGGGUGCUGGCUGGGCUGUGCGGACUCCUCUUCGGAUCCCAUGAUGGAUCCCACCGGGUGAUCGGGAAUGGGGUUACAAUGCAGUGAGGCGGGAAGGGUCUCGCUGGGGCACAAAAAGAUCCCCAGGGCCGCAAGGCGUGCUGUCGGUGGAAAAUGCACUGACUCAUGAGCCCACUGCCUCCCUCCUUCCUGGGUGGAGCAGUGGCCUGCCUUCAUCUCUGAGACCAUCAUAAGGCUGGCUGGAACCUGAUGCCCGCUACUACGCAGUAAGCAGGUACUGUGCCUGGCGUCUGAAGGAAGUGCUUGGGCUAGGGCACCUUGUGGGGAAAAGAAAGAGAGAUCAGCCUGUUACUGUGUCUAUAUAGAAGGAAGUAGACAUAAGAGACUCCAUUUAGUUCUGUAUUUGAGAUGCUGUUAAUCUGUGACCCUUCCCCCAACCUUGUCCUUGCAAGAGACAUGUGCUGUGGUGACUUAAGGUUAAAAGGAUUUUGGGCGGUGCAGAAUGUGCUUUGUUAAACAAGUGCCUAAAGGCUGCUUAUGGUUAAAGGUCAUCACCAUUCUCUUUAAUCUAGAGAAAAGAAAAACAUUUGUCUUCUGCCCGUCCCUGGGCGAUCGAACAUCUCAAAGCACAGCACCGGUGAUGGUAAAGAUAAUUGUGAAAACCGCCUUUAGGAAUAAGGUGGGGCUUGCUGGAGCAAUACUGCUAAAAGGUUUAUGGAGAUGUUCGCAUACACAUCUCAAAGCACAGCACCGGUGAUGGUAAAGAUAAUUAUGAAUAAAUACUAAGGGAACUCAGAGGCCGGUGCCGGUGUGGGUCCUCUGUAAGCACAGCACCGGUCCCCUGGGCCCCGCUUUUCCUUCUCUACA